GUCCCGGCUCCACGCUUCGGGGCAUGCCAGUGCGGACGGCAUGGCGAAUGUGCAACCAAAAAAAAACUAAUCUCCGGGGCCUGGACGAGGAGGGCCGGCGGGGAUGGUCCUUCGGCAUUGGUCAGCAUAUGAUUUUCUACAGGGCGUGUCUACAUGUCUUUACGACGUGUAAACCCGCUUGUCACAACCAGAUUCAAAGAAAAUGAGGGGAAGUGGCUGUGUUGGCAAGACUCACAUGAACGAAUCCUUCAUAAUGUUGCCGGGAGAUUUGUUUCAUUUUGCGUAGAUACAGCCAUCGACAACGUCUUCCCCUUCAACACGUAACUAAACGACUUAUUCGUGCGGUAAAUAUCGGCUUUCGCUUAGAUCCGAGAACCACGAUUGAGUAGGCGGAGGACCGAUAGACGAACAUUCCAGACGGACCUUCUCAUAUCUCCAGCACAUACAUAGUAUCAGUCAUCUCAAACAGCACAAUCCAACCCCCCCGAUCUCGUCAUGUCGGCCGAAGAAGAGGCCCCGAAGCCGUCCAAGACUUACGAUGGGAGCUGCCACUGCGGCAACAUCAAGUUCUCGCUGACGCUCUCGCCGCCGCUGGAGGAGGGAUACAAGGUCCUCAACUGCAACUGCUCCAUCUGCCGACGCAGCGGCUAUCUCCUCAUUUACCCCGAAAAGAAGGACGUCACUUGGCACGACGGCUCCCGCGAGCGGUGUGUCAACUACCGCUUCAACACCAAGACCAAGGACCAGAUGUUCUGCGGCGGCUGCGGGUCGAGCCUGGGCAUCGACUUUCUGGAAGACACGUGUUACGGCAUCAGCGCGCGUGCGCUGGAUGGCAUCGAUCUCGAUACGCUAACGUACAGGAAGCUGGAUGGCGUCAACAAGGUGUCGCCGGCCCAGGACCUGUCGGGAACCGAAACCAAGAAAGCUAGCAUUCAGGCCUAGCCAUGAACCUCUAAUUUGAGAUUAGAAAUA